AUGGAGGAAACAGAGAAAAUGCAUGCUGUUUGCAUACCAUUCCCAAUUCAAGGCCACAUAAACCCUAUGAUGAAGCUGGCCAAGCUGCUCCAUACUCGAGGGUUCUAUAUAACCUUCGUCAACUCCGAGUUCAACCACCGACGUCUCCUCAAAUCUCGUGGGCCUAAUUCCCUAGACGGUCUCAAGAGCUUUCGAUUCGAGACAAUCCCUGAUGGCUUACCAGAGUCUGACAUGAAUGCUACUCAGGAUAUCAAAUCUCUAUGUAAAUCAACCACCAAUAAUUGUUUAGCCCCGUUUAAACAUCUUCUCCCCAAAAUCAAACAGUCCGGAGCUCCCACGGUGACAUGUAUUGUCUCCGAUGGGUUCAUGAGCUUAACUGUCGACGCAGCUGAGGAGUUGGGCGUUCCUCAUGUCCUCUUUUGGACAACUAGCGCUUCUGGAUUUAUGAGUUUCCUUCAAUAUACCAACUUGAAGGAUAUGGGAUAUAUUUGUGGAAAUGAUUAUUUGAAAACGACCAUAGAUUGGAUACCUGGAAUGGAAGGUGUUCGGUUGAAAGACUUUCCCAGCUUCAUUCGAACUACAGAUCCUAAUGAUUUCGCCGCCAACUUUGUCAUUAACGAAAUACAAAGAGCUAAACGAGCCUCCGCCAUUGUUCUCAAUACCUUCCAUGAACUCGAACCCAACGUUGUUCAUUCCCUCUCCAACAUCCUCUCACCAGUACCAAUCUACACCCUAGGCCCUCUACAUAUCCUUACGAAAUCAGAGCUUCAAAACAAUGAAUCGGGUAUCAGGGUUCUGGGUUCCAAUCUCUGGAAAGAAGAAACAGAGUGUCCUCAAUGGCUCGACUCCAAAAAACCCAAUUCAGUCUUCUACGUUAACUUUGGAAGCAUAACCGUCAUGACGGCGAAUCACUUUAUUGAGUUCGCGUGGGGAUUGGCUAAUAGCGACAAACAGUUUCUCUGGAUCAUAAGACCCGAUAUUGUUGCCGAAACGGCGAUCUUGCCGGUGGAGUUCAUCGAGGAGACUAAGGAAAGAGGAAUGGUGACGAGCUGGUGCCCACAAGAACAGGUAUUGGCCCAUCGAGCAAUUGGUGGGUUUUUGACCCACAGUGGAUGGAACUCCACAAUCGAGAGUAUUUCCGCCGGAGUUCCGAUGAUCUGCUGGCCGUUUUCUUCAGAGCAGCCUAUGAAUUGCUGGUAUUGUUGUGAGAAAUUGGGGAUUGCGAAGGAGAUGGAUAGCGAGGUGAAGAGGGAAGAUGUGGAGGGAUUGGUUCGAGAAUUGAUGGAUGGAGAAGAAGGAAAGAAGAUGAGAGGGAGAGCGAUGGAGUGGAAGAAGAAGGCGGAGGAGACUGUUGGUGCCGGCGGAUCUUCACAUGGAAAUCUUGACAAGUUCAUUUACCAAGUGCUUUUAAACAAACAUAAAGAGACCAAAUUCCAUUAG